UCUCUUUUCUGUGCCCGUGAGAAGGCACUGUGUUGGGCCAGCCACCCUGGGCUAGAACCCCCCCGGACCAUGGAGAGGGGCCCGUGAGGGACGCGCGGAGGCGGAGGAAGAGGCUCGGGAGGAGGGAGGCCGAGGAGCAAGGCGCGGGAGGAGGAGGAUGCCGCCACCGCCACCGCCACCGCCACCCGCGGGCUCCCGACGAGCCUGACUCCAGACCAAGGAUGGAGCCGGCGCUGAGCGCAGCCGCGGCUCCCAGCGCGCCCGCCACCAGGUAGCUGCCGUGUGUGCUGCAUAUGGUUGGAAGAAGACUCUUGUCCCCAGCUGUCCCUUUGGAGCCAUCUUCUUGACCUGAAGGCCUGGGGUGAUCCGCCUCCAUCACAGGACCAGUUGAAUUCUGGAAGACCCUGUGCCUUGGAGCAGCAGCCCCAUGACGGUGCCCAGCCAUGCAAUGUUCCUGGAAGGCUGUCCUCCUGCUUGCCCUGGCCUCAAUUGCCAUCCAAUACACAGCCAUCCGCACAUUCACUGCCAAGUCCUUCCAUACUUGCCCUGGGCUGACAGAGACUGGGCUGGCAGAGAGGCUGUGUGAGGAGGGCCCAACCUUCUCCUAUAACCUCUCCAGGAAGACCCACGUCCUCAUCCUGGCCACCACACGCAGUGGCUCAUCCUUUGUGGGCCAGCUCUUCAACCAGCACAUGGAUGUCUUCUACCUGUUCGAGCCUCUCUACCAUGUCCAGAACACACUCAUUCCCCGCUUCACCCUGGGCAAGAGCCCUGCAGAUCGUAGGGUCAUGCUAGGGGCUAGCCGGGACCUGCUGAGGAGCCUUUAUGACUGUGACCUCUACUUUCUAGAGAAUUAUAUCAAGCCACCUCCGGUCAACCACACCACUGACAGGGUCUUUCGCCGGGGGGCCAGCAGGGUCCUCUGCUCCCGUCCAGUGUGUGACCCUCCAGGGUCCCCUGAUCAGGUCUUGGAGGAAGGGGAUUGUGUGCGCAAGUGCGGCCUGCUGAACCUGACUUUGGCUGCUGAGGCUUGUCGUGAGCGCAGCCAUGUGGCCAUCAAGACUGUGAGGGUGCCUGAGGUGAAUGACCUUCGAGCCCUGGUAGAAGACCCCAGGUUGAACCUCAAGGUCAUCCAGCUGGUACGAGACCCUCGUGGCAUCUUGGCUUCCCGGAGUGAGACGUUCCGGGACACCUACCGACUCUGGCGGCUUUGGUAUGGCACAGGGAGGAAACCCUACAACCUGGACGUGACGCAGCUGACCACAGUGUGCGAGGAUUUCUCCAGCUCCGUGUCCACUGGCCUGAUGCGGCCCUCCUGGCUCAAGGGCAAGUACAUGCUGGUGCGCUAUGAGGAUCUGGCCAGAAACCCCAUGAAGAAGACAGAGGAGAUCUACGAAUUCCUGGGUAUUCCCCUGGAUGGUCACGUGGCACGCUGGAUCCAGAACAAUACUCGGGGCGACCCCACUUUGGGCAAGCACAAGUACGGCACAGUGCGCAACUCUGCAGCCACAGCUGAGAAGUGGCGUUUCCGCCUCUCCUAUGACAUCGUGGCUUUCGCCCAGAAUGCCUGCCAGCAGGUGCUGGCCCAGCUGGGCUACAAGAUGGCCAACUCGGAGGAGGAGCUGAAGAACCCGGCCAUCAGCCUGGUGGAAGAGCGUGACUUUCGACCAUUCUUGUGACCCGGGUGUGGUGGGGGUGGGAGGCAGGUGGCGCUGGUUUUGCUGAUGUGGACCUACUAUGGACGGUUUUUUAACUGUUGCCUUAUCUCCCUCCUCCCUCUUCCACCCUGUUCGUGUGUUCUUCUCACUCUUGCCCACUCCUUUUCCUCCUGCCUUUCCCACCCUGUGUGUCCUUCCCACCCCUGCCCAUCCCAGUCUGCGAGUCUUUUUCACCUCCUGUCCUCUCCACUUUCUCCUGCCUCUUUUUGCCCCUGAUAUUUGCACUAUGUCUCGGAAGGGAAUCACUGGGACAGAGGGCAUGUGAUGUGGGGUACGCCCCCCACCCCAUUCAGACACAAGGGUGUUGGGUCUCUAUGUGGAUGGGUACGAUGUUUACAGGCACCCACUCACACAUUCACAUGCGCACACAGCACACGAGGAGAGGCGCCCCAGCACACAACUUCUCGGUCUUCUCAAGGUAAGAGGAUGGACACAAAGGGACCACCUCUCCCCGGUUUAGGAAAAGAGAUUACUCUUCCCCCAUCUCUGCUUCCUGCCGGAGAUUCCCAUUCCCUUGGAGCAGGGCACCAGUCCUCCUGCACAUCUUUGCCUGGUGGUGAGCAGGGUUUUACUGUGAGGUGGAUGGGGACUACUUCCUUUCUAUCUGGUUUAUGACAAGCUUGUCUGUCUGAGUCUUGUGGCUACCCCUGGACCAGUAAUGGCUAAUGAAUCUUAGAAAUUUCUGAUUGAUCUUGGGGUUCCUCUGUGAUAUUUCUUUGUGCCAAAAAAAAAAAAAAGACAAAAAAAAUGUGGAUCAGUUUGCUAAAUGAAAAUUGAAAUGCUUUAUUUGUGUUUUCUGUAAAUAAAAGUGUGCAGUACUG